AUGGCAGUGGUAAUCACCAAGAGCCCUACGGCCCAAUGGGCCCCUGGGUCUGUGAAUUUGCCAGUGGCGGAAUUUCCUACGUCUACCCAGGAUAUUCUGACAAACGCCGAAGUCAUUGCAACAGAGAUCAUCGACAGCUUGAACCAGGCCCUGCGGGACAAUGAUUCCAAACGCGUUGGGGAUCUCUUCUGUAAGGAUGGAUACUGGCGCGACCAUGUUGCUCUUUCCUGGGACCUCGGUACCUUCAAGGGUAAAGACAAGAUCGUCUCGUUCCUCGCGGGUGGCCACAACCUAACUCGAGUCGAGAUCGACAGGUCAUCGCCAGACUACGUUCCCCAGCUCACGGCUUUCAACCCCUUUGGCAACGUGCAGACCAUUCGCGUGUUCACCAUCAUCACCACCAAGCAUGGGUCCGGCCGUGGAUUGGUGAACCUUGUCCAGGAGGAUGGAAAUUGGAAAUUUUGGACGUUCUACACUGCGCUUGACGAGCUCAGGGGCUUUGAAGAACCACUUGGUCCCAACAGAGCGAAGGGCGUCCAGCAUGGAGCUAUCUUGGAGCGAAGGAAUUGGCUGGACAGACGAACGGAGGAAACCAAAUUUGAGAACAGCAGUCCGGAUGUCAUCGUUAUUGGUUGUGGACAAGCGGGACUUACAAUACACGCUCGUCUCAAAAUGCUGGGGGUUCCAACCUUAGUCAUCGACGCAACGGAUGAAGUCGGCGAUGGCUGGCGAAACCGCUAUCAUCAACUUGUGCUACAUGACCCCGUGUGGUUUGACCAUCUCCCCUACAUCAACUUUCCGAAGCUGUGGCCAAUUUACACGCCCAAGGAUAAGUUAGCAGAGUUCUUCAAAGCGUAUGCACAACUUCUUGAGCUCAACGUCUGGACGAAAACUACUGUCGACUCUACCAGCUGGGAUGAUGACAAGAAACAGUGGGAUGUGGUCCUAAAACGCAGGCGCGAAGACGGAAGCACAGAGACGCGUACUUUACACCCCAAAAACAUUGUGCAAGCAACCGGACACUCGGGAAAAGCCAACAAACCAGACAUCAAGGGCAUUGAGACCUUCCAGGGUGACAGAAUCUGCCACUCUUCCGAGUUCAGAGCCGCCAGGAAGAACAGACAGGGCAAGAAGGCCGUCGUGAUUGGUUCAUGCAACUCGGCCAUGGACAUCUGCCAAGCCUACUACGAAGCAGACUACGACGUCACGAUCGUGCAACGAUCCUCAACAGCCGUCGCUGGGUGCGACACAGUUGCCAAGUUGCUUCUAGGCGGUCUGUACAGAGAAGAUGGCCCGCCACUCGAAGACGCGGAUCUGCUCCUCUGGGGAGUGCCCACUGAGGUCCUCAAAGCGAAUCACCAACAGCUUACCGCACAGCAAAUUGAGCGAGAUGCGAAGCUGAUAAACGGCCUCCAGAACGCUGGCUUCAAGGUCGAUUUCGGGCCUGAUGACUGCGGAAUCUUCAUGAAGUACUUUCAGCGCGGAGGCGGGUACUACUUUGACGUCGGCUCGGCGCAGCUGAUCGCGGAUGGAAGUGUCAAAGUGAAGCAGGGACAGGAAGUCUCGGAGAUUAUGGAGCAUGGGUUGAAGCUCACUGAUGGGACGGAACUCGAGGCUGAUGAGAUUAUCAUUGCUACGGGGUAUCAGAAUAUGCGGACGACGACGGAGCAGAUCUUCGGUACCGAGGUAGCGGAUCGAGUUGGGGAUGUGUGGGGAUUUGGUCCGGAUGGGGAGUUGAGGGCUAUUUGGAGGAAGACGGGGCAGCCGGGAUUGUGGUUGAUGGGGGGCAAUCUUGCCAUGUGUCGGUAUUACUCGAGGGUUCUAGCUCUGCAGAUUAAGGCUCAGUUGGAGGGCUUGAGUAAGUGA